AUGUCGUCGCUCAAGAAGGGUGGCCUUGCUGCGUGGACAGUCAAGAAGAAGAUCCUUGUUUUUGGCUCUAUUGCCUUCCUGGUGGUCGCUCUGGGUGUGGGCCUUGGAGUUGGACUGGGCGUGGGAUUAAACAACGGCGGGAGCGACGACAGCGGCAGCUCCGGAGGCAGUGGAGGCAGUGGCGGAAGUGGUGGCAAUGGAGGGAACGGCACCACGACCGGCAACAACACGGUGGAGUGGCAGCCUGUACCAGGCGUGAAAUGGCAAAUUGUGCUUGAAUAUGCGCUGAACGAUACCUCGCCAGACGCGCCCGUCUACGAUAUUGACCUCUUCGCCAACCCCAAGUCUACCAUCUCCAAUCUGCAGCAUAUGGGCCGGAAGGUCAUCUGCUACUUUUCUGCGGGCACCUACGAGGAUUGGCGUGCCGAUGCGAACGAGUUCGACAAGUCGGACCUGGGUGAUGACCUGCCUGAUUGGCCGGGCGAGAAGUGGCUCAACACGAGCUCGGCCAAUUCUAAGGGCUGCGACGGAGUCGACCCGGAUAAUAUCGAUGGCUACGACAACAAGAACGGCCUCGGGCUCACGGAAGACGAUGCGAUCGAUUAUGUGAACUGGCUUGCGUCGGAGGCUCAUAGCCGUGGCCUGUCCCUCGGCCUCAAGAAUGGCGGUGAUAUCAUUGAUUCUGUGAUUGACAAGAUGCAAUGGUCCGUCAAUGAGCAAUGUGCUCAGUAUGAGGAAUGCGACACCUAUGCGGCUUUCAUAGCUGCCGACAAGCCCGUCUUCCACAUCGAAUACCCGAAGGGCGAUGAUACGAACAAUGACGACAAUGUGUCUGCCAAGCAAAAGUCAUCGGCUUGUGAUGCUCCCAGUUCUGGGAAUUUCUCCACCGUGAUCAAAAACAUGGACUUGGAUAAUUGGGUUGAAUACUGCUCUUAG